UGCAAGAGAACGGAGCACCGCCAAGGCCCUGAUAUAGCACUGCAGCAAGAUGUAGCAGGGUACGACUUUGCCUGACGAAGCAGAGUCGAUCAUGUCGCAAUGGAAAGGAAUCCGUCUCGAUAACAUCAACAUUGCUCAAUCAUAGAAGUCAUUGACACCGCGAGGUCAGAAACGAAUCAUCGUCACCUCCGCCACGAUGCGGUUAUUAGCAAUAGCAGACAUCCACCUCUCCUUCAAGGCCAACAAGGACGAGUGGGAUAAACUCGAACACCACGAAGAAGAUGGCCUCAUCCUCGCCGGCGACGUCGGCGAAUCCCUCGAGCACAUGACCGAAGCCUGCAAACGCGCCACCCGCCGCUUCAAACACGUCUUCUGGGUCCCGGGGAACCACGAACUCUACACCUCCUCCGCGCCCCAAAUGUCCGACGAAGAGAGAUCCCUCCGCGGCGAAGCCAAGUACCUCGCCUGCGUCAAAGUCGCCCGCCACUACGGCGUGCUCACCCCGGAGGACGACUUUAUGACCUGGACCUACACCAACGUCGACGGCAUCGAGGAGAAAGCCAUCAUUUGUCCCGUAUUCACACUCUACGACUACUCCUUCCGUCCGGCGGACGUCUCCCGCGAAGACGCACUGGACUGGGCUCUCGAAGAAGGCAUCCAAGCCACCGACGAAGCCCUGCUGCACCCGGACCCGUACCCGACGCGAGAUGCGUGGUGCAUGUCCCUCGAUACAAUCUACAUCCCCCGCGUGCCCCGCUUCACCCUCUGGUGCGGCACCACUCUCACCCACAACUGGCACACGCGCUUCAACGCCAAGUGCGUCGUGACGGGACACUUGCACGUGAGAAGGACGGAUUGGAUCGAUGGCGUGAGAUUUGAGGAGGUGAGUUUGGGAUAUCCGCGGCAGUGGGAGGAUGCGAAGGGAGCGGGGAAUGGGGUGAAUGAGAUGUUGAGGGAGAUUUUACCGGGGCCGCCGACGCCGGUCAAGGGGCAGGAACCGCCGACGGAGUUUAGGAGGUUUGGGCAGAGGUAA